AUAAGGCUGCGCGCGCUCCGCGUCUGUGAUUCGGCUGAAGAAAGGUGAUACGACCAGUAACUCUGACUGACUCCCUUAAUAGUGUGAUGACUGCUGAACUAGGGAACAGAUUGAGACACACCCAGAGAUUUAGAUUGAGUUUAUUUUUCUUUCUGUUCAUUGUUCUCAUCUUAAACAGGACAGUGUUCAAACACACAGAAAAACUAUUGCUGAAGAGACUGAGACACACAAUAUUAUAAAGAUGGAGUUUAUUAAAGAGGAGAGACAAGACAAGAAGAUUGAAGACACAUUCAGAGUCAAACAUGAAGAGACUGAGACACACAAUAUUAUAAAGAUGGAGUUUAUUAAAGAGGAGAUUGAAGAUGUGAAGAUUGAAGACACAUUCAGAGUCAAACAUAAAGAUACUGAGGAGCAAACAAAGAUGGAGUUUAUUAAAGAGGAGAGAGAAGACGUGAAGAUUGAAACAUUAAGAGUCAAACAAGAAGAAACUGAGACACAAACAGACCUGAAAGAAGAGAGUGUAGAACUGAAAGAAAUGCAAGAUAAAAAUCAUUAUAAAAAGCAACAUGAAUUCAUAACUGGACAAAAAUCAUUUAGUUGCUCAAAGACAGCAAAGACUUCCUCACGAAAAAGAGCUCGAAAGACUAGAUCUAGAAGUAAUUUCACCUGCCAACAGUGUGGAAAGAGUUUCAGCCAUCAAGGAAAACUUGAAGUCCACAUGAGAAUUCACACUGGAGAGAAGCCUUUCAUCUGCAAACAAUGUGGAAAGAGUUUCAAUGAACAUGGAAAUCUUAGAGUCCACAUGAGGAUUCACACCGAGGAGAAGCCUUUCACCUGCUCUCAAUGUGGAAAGAGAUUUAAUCAUAAAAGCACUUUCAAUGCCCACAUGACUAUUCACACAGGAGAGAAGCCUUACACCUGCAAACUGUGUGGGAAUAAUUUUGUUGGAAAAGGAAGCUUUAACAUGCACAUGAGGAUUCACACUGGUGAGAAACCUUACACAUGCUCUCAGUGUGGAAAGAGUUUCACUCAACAAGGAAACUUUAAGAGGCACAAGAGAGUUCACACUGGAGAGAAGCCAUUCACAUGUAAACUGUGUGGAAACAGUUUCACACGACAAACAAGCUUUAACGGGCACAUGAGAAUUCACACCAGAGAGAAGCAUUAAACCUGCAAACUGUGUGGAAGAACUUCACUACAAAACUAAACCUUAACUAUCACAUGAAUUGUCACACUGGUGACAUGAUCAGUGGAAAGAGUUUCAGCCAUAAAGCAACCAUUAAUAAUCACACGAGGCUUCACAUUGGAGAGAGACCUUUUAUGUGUCUUCAGUGUAAAAUGUGUUUCACAUAUCACGACCUCAAACAUCAUUGUUGCAAGCAGGAUGGGGCUGAGAGCCGUGGGAAGGGAUUGAGGCCUCGAGUUUCAUGGAAGGUUCCUGCCUCCACGGCUCUCAGCUCCGCCCUGCUUGCUACAUGUAAACUGAUGUAAAAUUUUGUAGCGUUUCAGAUACCUAAGACUUGAUCAGGGCUGCGUUUAUCAAAGCAUUAUAAGCUUAAGGACAUCGUAGACCCAUUGAAACCACCAAAGCUUACAAUCCUUUUGGGAAAUGCAACCCAGAUUUUUGUUAAAACAAUGCAAAGAACUGAAUUUCACAAGAUGCCCUGAGUCUCUCACACUGGAUGACCAUAAAACUGAGACCUGUCACCUCAAAGCCUGAGUAAACUAGUUACUCCUCUACAGAUGAUUUUAUAAACUAGUGACUGUAUAAAAAUAACUCCUCCAGCAUUCUCGACUCUAGGCAGUUAACCCAGGAUAAAUGGGUCUAGAGACACAAAUUCUGAAUCUCACAGGGAAAAUCAUAAGACAAAAGUGGGAUUUCCUCUCUCAAGAUAAAGAGCUGAAGCCAGACUCCAUUUUUACCUCUUUCUUGCAUGACUGGAAUCCUCUCUAAAACCCACAGAGACUGUCUUUAAAGAUAAAAAUGCUUCAGAUAAUUCCAAAAUGAUGCUAUCAGAACUUAAUUUGAAUAUUCUACAUCAUGUCUGAAUGUCAUCCACUUAAUACAGUACAUACAGUAGAUGGCCAACCAAAACAAUCAUUAAAGCACAUUUUCACAAAUAGCCGUCAGCUUUGCCUCACCGAUGUGUUAUAUUUGACGGUUGCAGUUGGGGGAAAAUUAAGUUAAAAUAUUUAAUAUUCACAGAUGAAAGUUUAGUAUACUUCUAAAGUUCUGUGUGUUUCUUUAAACAAAUUCAAGCAGGAUAAAUAUCAAUCCUAUGUGUCUGUGUUUAUAUUUUAUCUAAGCUACACAUUAUUACACCAUAUUUAAAAUUUGAAACAUUUAAUACCUGUGCAGUUUUGUUUAUAUAAUAUGAAUUAUGUGUUAUAUUAUUCAAAAUAAACUGUGGUUUACUUUGCAUUGGAGCAUUAAAAGUGGUAGCCUAUUUUAGUGAGCUAGGCUACAAGGAUUAAUAUGCAAAAUGUCAAUAUUCUUACAUAUUAGGCCUAUAUUUUAAUUUAGAUUUUAACAUUCUUUUAAUAAAACAACAUGCAUUUUUGUCACACACUACUUAUUUGUUACUUCUGGGGAAAAAUCUAAUUGUCUGUACAGAUUAAGAAAUCAUAAGUCUUGGUACAAUGUAUAAUUUCGCUCACAUUAUUUAGGCUUACUUAAAACAAGAAACGAUUAAGCUAAAUAACUGAGACAGUAAAGAAUGGACAGAUUAAUAAAAUGUUCUCAUGUUUAAACUCAAGUUCUCUCAUUAUAAUCAACAAAAUGCACACAAUCAUUAUUUGACAACUUCAGUGAUUUUAUAUAAUUAAAGUUAAAUAAAUAUAUUGCAGCGGCUUUUAAAAGCAGGUGUGUAUCAUAUUCCUUAAACUAUCAAGAUUUGUGUGGUGCGCAUGUUGCUGAGUUCGACGCGCAUUAUUUAUUUUUUAUUUGUCUACAUACUUUAUCUUCAUUAACAAUCUUGUUUGGUUUUAUUUUGGAUAACUGCUUGUAAUAAAUUAUUUACUUUGUAAUGCAUAUGCAAAAUGUUAAUUUAUUAUUCAUAUUUCAUAUUCAAGUGUUUGUGUGAAAAUUAGCACGCAUGACAGGGAGGCACCCUCUCGAUCACUUACAUUUUUUCCUGAUAAUAAAAUAUCUUAAAAUUGUGGUGUCUCACAUACAUGAGAAAUAUAUCUACAGAAAGCUUGAAAUGUCUACUUUUAAAGGAAUCGAUUCAAAAUGAAAGCAUAAUGUAAUCUGUGAAGGUUGCAUUCCUUUUUAAAGGUGCGUCCAAACACCAGAAGCAACCUAAGUGUUCUUUCAUUGAAAAGUAUGCAUUGUAUUUAUUCACACGCUAUAUGGUUGAAAUAAUAUUUUAGUUUAAACUUUAAGUGCCAUUGUUUUAAAAAAGUGCUUUAUUGACUAACGUUUCAUAGAACUUCAGUUGUAAUGCUUUAAAAUCCCAUGCCAUUUGUAACUUCACAGUAUUUUCUCCUCCCAGAUUAGUAACCUAACUUAACCUAAAGUCACAAUUAUAUAAUGGUAAAAUUGACUCCGGCCAAUGGCAUUUUUUAUUAUUAUUAUUAUUUAUUUAUUUUUUUUAAUAAUUGUAGCAUUUAUAAAUGGGUGAAGCAAAACAAAUAUGAUAACUUUUUAACUGCAGGCAGAUAUAGGCUUGUAUUAUUGUACAUUACAAAUAUUUGGAUAGUCCCUUAUUCUUUGCUUUAUCUUCUUAAAUAAUAAACACUUAUUUUCUCCAAGAAUAAAUAUUAUAAAUAAGGAAUAAAAGCAAUAAUAUCAAUUAGCCCUUAUUUUCCAUUUCUGAAGUCAUUUGGAAACUUUAAUGAUGAUGUAAUUAUCUUUUGACUCACCUUCCUUAAAAUAAAUAACACCUCAGUUGUAGGAGAUAUGUGCGCGAAUUAUAGAUUUAAAAAAAGUGGGUGCUUGGUUUCUGAAGAAAACGAAUACAGCUCGUAAAAAAAUUAUAUGAAAAAAUCACGGUAACAUAUUAAUUCAUAUAAAUAAUUUAAGCAAUUAAAACUUUUUUUAAAUACUAGAUUCAACUUGAAUUUCAGUACUAUUAAACUGACUUUAAAAUCUCAAAAAGUUUAUAAGUUGAAAUGGUAAAAUAUCACAGUGCAUGUCAAAUAGCCUAAAUUAACUUGUUUCUUAUAGUAUCUGAAGACCUUGAUUGCAUGUAAGCAUAAAACUAACAAUAUAAUUAGAUAAAUUUAUUUAUGAACAAUUCCUGUAUAAAAUGGGACAGUAACCUUUAUAUCAAACAUUGGUCUUGGUAAAGUAGGUGAGUUCCUUUUAUAUUUUGCUUGUUUGUUUUAUGCUGCAUGGCAGGAACAUGAUCUGGUUAAUAUUCAUAGUUAUUUGUACAUCAAGUGUAAUUCUAGCACACAGUAUGAACUACAGGAAAAGUGUCUAUAAAAGUAAACCUAAUUGUAAAACCUGUUUAAAUUAUAAAGAAUGCAUGAAUGUUUCCACUUUUUAGAUUCAUUAAUGACAAAUUUUUGGAAUUCAUAGAUGAUUUUAAGUGUUUAUGUACAGUCUCUAUGAAUACCUAAUUGUGUUUAUAGCUGAGUGUUUAAAUUGAAGUGACUUAAUUAAAAUAAAUAUUAGUUACCAGCAAAGAUCCUCCAUCCAAUGUUGCAAAUUUAACUUAUGCACAAAAUUGGAAUAUCAUGUCUCCAUUCUCCCUCAACACAGAACAUUUCUUCGGUUUUCUUUUGAGGGGCAGGCAUUUCAGUACAAGGUUCUCCCAUUCGGGUUGGCCCUGUCUCCCCAUGUCUUUACGAAAGUUGUGGAGGGAGCCCUGGCUCCUCUCAGGGAACGAGGUGUCCGUAUCCUCAACUACCUCGACGACUGCCUGAUUUUAGCUCACUCUCGAGCGCAGUUGUGCGAGCACAGGGAUCUGGUGCUCAGAUACCUCGCUUGGCUGGGUCAUCAGGUCAACUGGGAAAAGAGCAAACUCUGCCCUGUGCAGAGGAUCUAUUUUCUCGGUAUGGAAAUAUAUGGCAUCCACAACGGCAGUCAUACGGCUCGAGUUACUCCAUAUGAGACCGCUUCAGCACUGGCUUCACGAUUGAGUCCCGAGAUGGGCAUGGCAACAGGGCAUGCUCCAAGUGACCGUCACUCCGGCCUGCCUUCAAACCUUUCCCCCCGUGGUUGGACCUCUUAUUUCUAUGGGCUGGCGUUCCCCUAGAACCUGUGUCCAGACAUGUUGUAGUGUCAAAAGAUGCCUCUGCCACGGGCUGGGGUGCUCUGUGCAACGGGCAUGCUGUGUCAGGUUUCUGGACAGGACCCAGACUUCAGUGGCAUGUGAAUUGCCUCGAGUUGCUAGCAGUACGGCUUGCUCUGCACCGCUUCAGGGCACUGCUGAAGGACAAGCACGUUCUUGUCCGUACGGACAGCACUGCGACUGUAGCGUAUAUCAACCUCUUGUAGAGUCAGAAGCAUCUGAGAUCGCUUCGUGCCAUUCACAUCCCGGACAGGCUCAAUCGUGCAGCUGACGAGCUCUCAUGGCAGCAGUCUCACCUCAAUUCUGCAAAUUCUGCAGACCAAGGUACUCGGCGUACCACUGGCUCAUUUUGUAACCACUCGAAGGUGAUUGGACUUUCGGGCGAGAUCCCAUUCGUCAGUCUCUUUCUGACGUAACAUCUCCAUUCCCUCCUUCAGGGAACGAGGGUUGCAUACAGAACCGAGACGUUUUUCAUUAAUUAUACAUUUUCAAGCACGUUCAUCUCAUCAUAAUACAGACUGCAGUAAAUGGACAGACCUCAACAUAGGCCAAUCACAGCACAUAUCAUGGGCAUUCUGUUAACAUCCAAAUAUAGUACUUGUAAUGUAAAAAAACAAUGUUGGGUUUUUCCUAUAACCCUGUUAUCGUUUCCAACCAGCUGGAGAAUGUGAGUGCAGGGUCACUCACAGCCCGAAUCCAAGAAAAUCCAAGAGUGUUGUUAUGGGAUGUUUGUCUGUAUUUAUUGCAAAUAAAUAUAAAGGACAAAACAAAAAAUGUGAACUGGUUUCCUUUGUAGUGCUUGGAGUUUAGCCUUCUCCUACAAGCCAAAGCUCCGGCAACACAGAUCCAGGCCGAGGUCAAAGACUAUCUUCUGGCAUGCCUUCUCCCC